GGGAGCCGGGCAGGUGGGCCGCGGAUGCUCCCGGAGGCCGGCCCAGAGUGAUGGACUCGGCCAGGCUAAGAUGGAAGUGACCUGAGGCCUCGCCCAGGUAGUUUCCUUGGACAGGACCGCUCAAGAGUCGGAGCACAGGCUUGUCUGGGGAGCAGUAUGCAGGAAGCUGGUUUCCAGGCCACAAAUGCUUUCACAGAGUGCAAAUUCACCUGCACCAGCGGUAAAUGCUUGUAUCUUGGUUCGCUGGUCUGUAACCAACAGAACGACUGUGGGGACAACAGUGACGAAGAGAACUGUCUCCUGGUGACUGAGCAUCCGCCUCCGGGCAUCUUCAACUCGGAGCUGGAGUUCGCGCAGAUCAUCCUCAUCGUCGUGGUGGUCACGGUGAUGGUGGUGGUCAUCGUCUGCCUCCUGAACCACUACAAAGUCUCCACGCGGUCCUUCAUCAACCGCCCGAGCCAGAGCAGGAGGCGGGAGGACGGGCUGCCGCAGGAAGGGUGCCUGUGGCCUUCAGACAGCUCCGUGCCACGGCCAGGGGCCUCAGAGAUCAUGUAUGCCCCGCGGUCCAGGGACAGGUUUACUGCCCCAUCCUUCAUUCAGAGGGAUCGGUUCAGCCGCUUCCAACCCACCUACCCCUACGUGCAGCACGAGAUCGACCUUCCUCCCACCAUAUCCCUGUCUGACGGCGAAGAGCCACCUCCUUACCAGGGGCCCUGCACCCUGCAGCUCCGGGACCCCGAACAGCAGAUGGAACUCAACCGAGAGUCCGUGAGGGCCCCCCCCAACCGAACCAUAUUUGACAGUGAUCUGAUAGACAUUUCUAUGUACAGCGGGGGCCCAUGCCCACCCAGCAGCAACUCGGGCAUCAGUGCAACCACCUGCAGCAGUAACGGGAGGAUGGAGAGGCCGCCCCCCACGUACAGUGAGGUGAUGGGCCACCACCCGGGCGCCUCUUUCCUCCAGCACCAGCGCAGCAAUGCACCCAGGGGCAGCAGACCGCCGUUUCAGCAGAACAAUCCAGAGAGCACAAUAGUACCCAUCAAAGGCAAAGACCGGAAGCCUGGGAACCUGGUCUGAUUCCCUCCGGCAUGCACUUGAACUGAGGAGAAGGAAACCAGGGAGGGAAGGGGCCGCGCUGGGCCCCUUCUGUGCACAGUGUUGUUCAGUAUUACGUGGUACAACUAAGUAAAACCAAAUGAGCAAACACGGUCUUUGUUUCUGGUUCCUUUCAGGGGGAUUGCACGCAGCCUAGACUGAGACGAUGCAAACUUCCAUCUGGUCUGACCGCAAACAGUGUUCGUUGAGGACAGGGGUUGGGAUGCGGGGAGUGGGCAGGGGGAGAAAGCAGGGAAAGGGAUGCUUUGACGGUAUCAUGAAAUGAAACCCACAGAGGUAUUUGAUUUAUUUAAUUCCGAAAGGAGACUUUGCAGAUAAAUGGGGCCAGAAUGGCCUGUUUUAUAACUAACUGAAUAAAGAAGGAAGCAUUAUUAUAUAUUAUUGUGGGGAAGAAUCAGCCAGUUUGCUUUUUCCCCCAAGGCGUGGACUUUUAUUUUGUUUUAAAAAUAUGAAUCAAAAUUCCCAUUUUGUGUGCCAAGGUAUAAAGUGGGGAAGUUAGAUGAAUGCAAGGAGCUAAUUUGUGUUGUGAUGAUGUGUUUUAAAAGUUGCACUGUCUUAAUGUUUCAAAUACAUAUGAGGGAACUGUUUUACAUGAAAUUCUAUGUUGUCUUUUCACCUGUGGAUUGUGAUCAGGCCCAAGGAAUAUCCUGGAGUGUUCCCCAGAAUCAUACGAGAAAAUAUAUUCAAGGAUGUAGCCUACCGUUUACCAUUUCACACACAAAAAGUCAUUAUUGUGCAGGAAUUUGCAUCGAAUGGCAGUGUAUCCCUGAAGCAUUUAGAGACUUUCGGAUGGAAGAUAGGAAGUACUGAGUUGCAGCAUUUCUAAUUUGUUUUGGAGUUACUCUACCAGUCUUAGGCUGCAUAUUUUAUUAAAAAUGAACCCAACUGCAUUUAUGUAUCCAGUAUCACCUGGCACUGCCCUUAUCCUCCAGCAGUGCAGUUUCUUCAGUAAUUUAGAUUUAUUUUUCACUGUAGCAUGAAGCAUAUUCAGAUACAUACCUUAUUUUAUGCAAUAAAUUGUUUAAAAUGCAAGGUGGUUAUUCUGCAUACUGUUGAAACAUGUGACUCCCUCGCCCGUCCCCGUGGCCUCUCCUCUUCCCUAGAUAGCUCAGUUCAGUUCUGCAAGGCUGGGCUCGUUCGCAGGAGGCUCCCAGCCAUCACCCCGUACAGUCCCCCCGGUACUUCACGUGCAAGUGUUGCGGGAGGUGGUGUCUGCUGCUUAGGGAGUCGCUGGAACUGGUGGAAGAACACCAUUCUGCCAGUCGUGAUGACAAGCCAUUGCGUCUUGCCAGGGUUUGCACAGCAUUCUACAGGAGUGCUGUGCUCAAAACCUCCCCAAACUCCUGCAGGAUUCUACUCAGCCCUUCCACGGGCGUUGAGGGCAAGAACUGGGUGGUCAGUCAGAGAACAGUGGGGUGAGGUGAAAGCGUGACUUAAGAGCACAGGAUAAAAGCACAACAUGCAGUUAAAAUGCAACUAGAAUACUCAUUUUAAAUAUUGUUAUUCUUAGUUUUAAUAUGCUUGAUAUUUACAAACAUCCGUUCUUAUGUAUAAUUGAAAAAAAAAACACUCUCUUCUGCAGAUGUUAAGUGCUGGCUUUUGUAAGAGUAGCAACCCACGCGUUUUAACAAACACUGCGAGUGGAGAAGGCUUACUUGCUUGUGGUCUGCCAUGCAGGGGCCUCUGCUCAUAUCAAGAUGAGCCAGAAUGGUGAUUCAGUGACUCCGAUCUAUGCAGCUUUAAUGCCAAAUCAGCAUUGUGUCAGUGUCUGUCUGUGGAUCUCAGAGGCGAUUCCUCAGUGGGGUAGGUUUGUGCUGCUAGCUGAGGGCUGGAGAGACUGCUCUGAACCCCAAGUCCUGUCUGAUCCUGGUCUGCUCCCUUCCACUUCUUAUCUUGGUAGGUUGGUCACUGGUCGGUUGGUUUGUUUUGAGGAGUGGAAUCUCCAUUAGAUGCAUCUCUUUCACACAGUAACAUCCACAGAACUAGUUGAACUCUUGAAAGGAGAGAGAAGAUAGACAACCGUUGCCAGCUCCUAUCUAAGGCCUUGUGUGGAAAUAUGUACAGUUGAAGGCCAUGGUAGAAGUUCUCAGACCGAAUUUAAAGACCAGUUCCAGGGACACUGGGAAGGCCUCUUCCAGGGAGAAACCAGCUCUCAGGGUAGAGAUAGGCUUGGGGCCAGAGAUGGCCUUUCCCACCACCCCGGAGGUCCCAGGGAGGUCACGGGCUCCUGGGACGUCAAGCCUGUGCCUGAGAGAAGCUGGGGACUCUGUGACACAAAGUGUCUCCUUAUCUGUCAGGUGAAGAUGAGAAGACCCUUGUCCCAGACAGACUGCACUGGUGGGGACUCGUGCUGGAUCAUUGAUCAGGUAGCCCCUCAGAUGCAAAAGUGAGAAAUUCGCUAGUGAUUUUAUCAUCCAAAUCUUGCUGGAAGUUCUGGUAAAGCAGGUGAACCCACUCUGUAGCUCUAGCUCAAAACAGUUUCACAGUUCCUGGUUUUCUACCUGCUAAAAGAAUGAGCUCAGAGCAGAGGCUUAUAAGUUCCAUAGUAAUUUUGCAAGUAUAUGAAUGUUUUGCAGAUGUCUGCAGUAUUGGCUAAUUAUUCAAUUCAGUUACCUUUAAUUGUCUUUCCGAAGAGAGGUUUCUCCCAUUCAGCCACCCUAGAGAAUAGCCUUUUAACUUAGUUAUUUAACUUAGUUAUUCAUAUCAAACCGUGAAUUUGGAAGGUCUUUGAAGCCGGACCACCAUAAUGAAUUAGUCUAGCCAAGGCCAUAAAUGGACUUAAUAGUCAAUUUCCCUUCAACACAGGGAAAGGGUGAUUUAGAUCAGUAGCUUUUCUAAAGGUUGUGGCUGACCUAUUUGUGCUGCCAUUGCCUCGUGGCUAGCUCAGUGUGGAAGACAGCGACUGUGAAGACACAACUUAUGUGGUGGGACCUACCGGUCUUUCAAGAAUCCUUUAAGCUUAUGGAACCUGAGGGUCCAGUUUAAAAAAACAGUGGUUUCAGCAGUCAUUGAUAGGUUUAUACUCUUAAACUAUCCCAGCACACUGUGGAAUAUUUUUGCAACAGAAGAUUGCACUGUUGGCAAGAACAUCUGGAGAGAAUGAACACUCUGGGCAUCCCCCUGUCCCCUUUUCCAAGGGACACCCAGGAGCAGGAAACCCAAGACAUCUUCAAUUCCAUAUACAAGAACUGUCUUCCAGCAUAUAUUUGCUGAUUCCAAAACUCCAGUGUUCUUUAAACACUGAAGUCACACUUCAUGGAAAAGAGAGUUUGUGGAGCAAAUUAUGUGUUUAAACCUAUUUUUCAUGUCCAAAGUUGACUGAUAAAAAUCUUGACAAGCAUGCCCUUCCCCUGUAAACCCCCCGCCCCACCACAUGGACACAUGCCCAAUUGACAACAAAUUUCAGGGUCAUGGAGGAGAAUUUUUAAAAGUCACGAAGAUUUAUCAUGAGGACUCUACUUCCAUUCACCGAAUUUUAGCUCAAAGUUAUGAGGAAACAGGGGCCCUGUGUGACCUGGGAGACCUCCCAACACCCCUGUGGGACCUGGUACACAGAUGAGAAGUUGGAAUCCCCCUUUAGUUCAUGUCCAUAGUGAGAAGGGCUCAAAAGGAAGCACUUUUAGAAAGCUGCUCUGAUCUAGAAAAAUCCAUUCAAAUCCUCGCCUUCCUCUCUGACAAGGGUGGUCCUUUAUCUUCUGUCCACUUGCUCUUCUUUUCGGGAGGAACACAGCCCUUCAACUAUGUCCUCAGGCCAGAUGCUGCUUGCUAGCACUGAGGCCUGCAGCACUCGUCCCCUACCCCUCCUCCCACAGGACAGGCUCUCCUGGUAUUGGUCAUGUGCUCGUGGGCUCCGGAAGACUUCCUGCCAAUGUACUUCAGGCAGAGCCAGGAGCCUGACCACCCGUGCCAUCCUUGCCUGGACUCACCCCGUCUUGGUGUGUUUGGCGUGCUGGUGUCUGCUUGUUGAAUUUUGCUGCUUAGGAGGGUGACAGUCACCGCACUUGUAUACCAUUGGUUGUUCUUAAAAUGUCCAAAGCUCCAAAGCAGAGUAGGAAGAAAAAAACUGGGAAGGAAACUCGGUUUCUGUUGACUUUGGCUCCUCUCGCUUGAGUGACUGAAGUUGGCGCCUGGAGCCAAGCCUUGCCCCAGCGAACAUGGCCUGCAGCCUGCUCCCGCCCUGCACUGGUGUGCCCCAUGCUUUGCUUAAGAGUGAGAGCCAGACUCUCCUCAUGGUGAAUGUCAUGCACUUGGCAUAUUGAGGUCAAAGGACGUCACUGGAUGACCGGAUGACGAGAGGAGGCCCUCUCCGUCUCAGUGCAAGAAUGCUUGAUCUCAUGGUGGCACACCAAAGUCACAAGGCAAGACACUUUGCUUUCACCCCAGAUCACAAACACUAGUUCUCAGUGGCUGCGUGACUUACCUGUUUGUCGAUUCCACCGAGGCCAUGCCGCCAGCUGCCAGCACCUGUCCGGAGAUCACAGAGAGGUGAACAAACCACGGAAAGCACCCUUAGCCUUGUAAUAGCUGAUAUUUUUUAGGAGUCAGUCUCUCAGCCUAUCUUCAUACCCAACAGGCUGUGUCUUUUGCAUAGUUCCAAGUUUAUGUUCCUGCCAGGGUUAGACAGCCAUUUGCUCGCUGCCGCUGCUGCUGCUUCCCGAGCUGGAUGCAUUAGGAAGCUUUUGUGUGUGAGUGUAGGGUGGUCUUGUUCGAAAGCGAUGUCUUCCUUCAUCCUUUUCUUUCUUCCCUUGGCGUGUGCUUGUUUCUGUGUCACGUGAAAGGGGGUUAGAGCUCUACAGAGGCUUUCCAUACGCUAUCUGUGCAUAUUAUCUGUAGAUAUCCCUAUCGCGUCAAAGAGAUCUGCAUGUCAGUUUCCAAGCAACUAAGGUGCCUCACGCUGAUUUCAGCAGAUGUAGGAACCAAGCCGCCCCCUCUUGCACUUGAUGCUCCCACCUUUGUUGUGCCUCACUUAAAAUGGUGCUUUUUCAGUUGUCUGUCUUUUCUUAUGUUUUUAUUUGUAAGGUGCUGUAUAUAAGUUGAAUAUAUUAUGCACAUAUCCUACCCAAUGGGUAGAACACGAAAUUGUUAAUACUGUAAUAUAAUGUAUAGAUACCAAUUUUAACAGAAAUGGCAUAGAAUUUGUGAAUGCCUACGUGCUUCGUCCUCUUUUGUAAGGAAAUUUGCAAAUGGAUGCAUACAGAUAAAAGUCUAUGUAGUUUAUUUUCCUAUCAAAUAUCAAUAUUAUAACACAAGGGAAAGAAGUCUAAACAAACAAGCAACAGUUUAUGACCAGCGUAUACAUAGCAAUUGAAAGUUGCAUCUUUGCUGUGAACAGACUUUAAAAAAAUAAUUACAAAAAAAAAAAAACCUCACAGCUUUUUGGUUGCCACUAGACGCUUCUUAUUUUAAUCACUUUAUUAAUGCUCAGCUGGACAAGUGUCAUUGUAUUUUAGUCGGGGAAAAAGAAAUGUUGAUUUUUUUUAGACUUGCUUUAUGGACAACAGACAUUAUCUCCUGCUCUAGUAAAACGAAGGCGUCAGUCCUCAGUGAGAAGUGCACGUUUUUGUUGUGGUUAAUAUCGCAAAACUUGUAUCAGAGUAGAUAAUGCAACCUGCAGCAGAGGACUUUAUUCAGCUACAGAGGCAUCUAUGACCAUCUGUGUCCAAGUCUCUCUGUGCCUUUUUCUUUGACAAAUUGAAGCUGUGGAGCCAAUGAACUAACCGUAGAGCUUGUAGGGAAAGAAUACCUCAGGAAAAACAAAUCCACAUAAAGGAGACCCUGCUCUUAGACAAAGUGUUGUGUUGUGGGUUAGCACUAGAAGAGACUUGGCCGUCAGUCAGCCAAGUGAAGAAUCUUAUAUCCAUUUCCACUGGUGUCCUUUCGUAAUGCCGACCCAAAACACAAACUAGAUUUUGACAUCAGAGAUGACAUUUUUAGUUGUAUGUUAAGUUAUGCCUCUCCUCCUGCUUGGUUUGUGGUGUUUGAUUGUGAUCUCUGCAUCUUUCAGAUAUUCUAAUUUCUUUUUAAAAGAAAGGCCUAUAACACGGUGUUCAUUAAAACCACUGUUGAAGCUUGGGUGUGGGUAUCCUUUUGAGUGUUGUCCAUGAAGGCAAUCCGCGGAAUUUUGCCCUCUCUGAUCCAUAUCAUCAGCUUAUUCUGCCACCAGGGGAUAUUUAUUCUAACAAAUUCCAAAUGUUUUUGUUUUCUCCAUGGUGAAUGUUCUGAUUUUGAAAAUCACGAUAGAAUCAUAACAUCCAGACAACAAGUUAUGACCGAUUAUCCUUAAACUGAAAACACCUCUACAAUGCAACUCUUAAUGCUGAAUGGAUUAAAAGUCAGCCCUUCCCUUAGUAUCCAUUUGAGAGGACCGUGAGAAGAUAAUGAUCUUGUGUGUUCUGGGUCCCAUGUGUCGGCGCCAUCAUACACCCCAGGGUGCACCCUUGGUAUUCAGCAUUAAGAACCAAGGUUCAUUACUUCAGAAACAAAGCUCCCUCCCCUGAGGUUCAUCCUUGUGGGAGAACUGGUGAGCAUGAGAAUGUUCUGGACUCAGAGGUACUAAAAUUUGUUACCACAUCAUUGCUUCCUUUUAUAGAACUAACUGAGGCUUACAUUUUAUUGUUAAUGAUACUGGUUCAUUUUAACAUGCUUGUUGGUAUGUUGCUAUUUUUUCUUCCAUGGCUUUCAAAAAUCACACUUUCUAAUUGUAUACUUGUCUAGUUUAAAGCUGUUUUAAAAUAUGUACAAUACUAUUCAAGCAUUUAGUUCAUUUAAUUUUUAUUAUAACGCAAUCUACUAAAAAAGUACAACUGUUUUUGAACUUUUCAAUAGUUGGUUGUUAGCUAUGAUAAUCAGAAGUCAUUAAAGCCUUUUUUUAAACAAACAUUUGUGCUUUCAACAUAAUUUCCAGUUAUAUACAGAAAAUAUUUCCAGCUGUCAUGUAUCUGCCUCUUUUAACUGAGCAAUGGUGGUGUAGUCUUAGACCUAAGGUCUGUGAUUGCAAUACUUUUAAAGAAAGAUGUUGCUCCAAGUGCUGUCUGUUAGUUAUGAAAUCAAAUUUUUCUGCUUGUUCUUAAUGCUGUGGUCAAACCAUAGCACAAAAUCAUUAAAAAUAAUCAGUGACA